CUCUGAAGCUAAGCUUAGUUCACUUCACAGCCAGCGCCGACGAGAGGAGGAGCAGAUCGGCUAGGGUUCCGGCGAUGGCCUCCUCGGCGGCGGCGCGGCGGCGGCAGGAGAUGGCGGCGGAGGGGCAGCGCCACCUGGAGGAGACCAUCGCCGCCGCGUUCCAGAUCCUCUCCUCCAUGAACGACGAGCUCUGCAACCCCACGCUCUGGUCCUCCUCCUCCGCCGCCGCCGCCGCGGCGGGCGGCGCCGGCGGACUCCAGCACCACGGCAACAACCACCACCACCACCACCAGCACCACCACCACCACGGCGGUCUCCCUCCGCCGCCGCCGCCGCUGCACUCCGCGGACUCCGACGCCGCCGACGCCGCCGGGGGAGGGCCCGGGGGCGCGCCGGGCUCCGGCGGGUCGCUCGACGAGGCCAGGCACCGGUACAAGGUCGCCAUGGCGGCGCUCCGCACGUCCAUCGCCGCCGUGUCGUCCUGUGCUCAGGAGAUGGGAUCGACAGAACACAAAGCUGAUCAAGCUGAGAUUGAGAGAUUGGAAGAACAUGCAUCUGCUUUGAGAAAGGAAAUUGAAAGCAAAAACAAGCAUGUAAAGCUCCUUAUCGACCAACUCCAUGAUUUAAUAUCGGACAUAUCAAUGUGGCAGAGUCCUUGCUCAGUGUGAAAACUCAUCGGCAUUUAUCCUUUAGGAAUCCAAAAAUCAUAGCUAGAAGUAUGUUAAUGCAAAAUUGUAUCAGCUGACCUUGAGAGAGAAAUCUGAAGGGAUACAAUCAGUUUGCAAAUACAAUAUUGUAAUGAUUUUUCUUUCAAGUAUUCAGAAAGUGUACUAUGAGUAGUGAUAAACACGAAGUAGCUAGUAACUGAAACAAACAUCUGGUGUAUAUUUUCCCACCAAUUUGGCCUUGCUUUCAUUUCCAAGACUUCUGUAUACUCUUUGAGCAACCAUGACCUCUGUACACUUUUUCCUUUGUCGAGCAUGAUGAUAUUUGUGUCCUCACAAGCAAUGGAAAUAGUAAUACAUAUGAUUAA